CUUCUUCUAUACUACCACUCGAGCUCCUCCCCUUCUUGGUCUCCGCCUCUUCUUGACUGCUUCCCACGAUCCCAUACCAUCCUCCUCCUGGGCCUCCUCGUUCCUCGCCUGUUCGUUGCAGCAGCUUCUUUCAUCUGCCUCCGCGUCGCCGGCCGGAGUAGUCUCCGUCGAGAGAGAGAGAGAGAGAGAGAGAGAGAGAGAGAGAGAGAGAGAGGUCACCGGUAAGUCGCUGGCCCGGCGGCGGCGGCGCAGCCUGUGAAUCUGCGAUCUUUUGAGCAGUGGUUUCUGCUGUGGGUUCGGAAGCUUGGAUUCUACUCCUUUCCUAUUGGCGUUUCGACGGGGAAAAGCUUUUGGGAAGUGUUUUGGCAUCGGGGAGAUUGAUUCCUUGGGAGUUGGGAUAAAUUCGGCACCUUUUGUGGCAUCGAACUCUCCUUUUGUGGAGGUUGGUGAGGGAGGAAAGGGGAGCUUCAUGGUGGCGGCCAUGGAGAAGCGGAAGGAAAUCCGGGAGCUGCGCGACCGGAUGGACAGGACGCUGGCGCUGCCCGACCUCGCCGACGAGGGCCUGCUGAGAUCUCUGGUGAAGAAGCAGAUUCUGGCGUCGUCUCUCUCUGGCUCCGAUGAAGGCGAUAUUGACCUGAUUACUGAAGCAAGGUCCAAAGAAAUCUCAAAUUUUCUUGAAAUGCUAAAUACUUCAGCGAAUGAGCGACCUUCGAAGAUUCAUGAGGCACCGCAUAAGGAAUGGAAGGUGAAGCAAGACACGGACCAAUUACGAGUCAUGUAUCGUGAGGGACCAGAGGGGACCCCAUUUCACACCCUCCUUGCUGAAGGCUUUGCUGAUGGACCAAUCGAUGUUUGUACAUGCGUUUCAUGGGAAUCAUCUCUGUACCAAAAAUGGUUUCCACAAUACAAUCUUCCAACUUUUAAAGUUGUGCAGUCAGGCUGCUUGAAGAAAGUUCGGAUUGGUGAAGAAAUUUCUUUGGUCAGGGUGAAGGUUCCAUGGCCAGUUUCGGAGAGAGAAGCUCUUCUUCACUACUUCGAAUUAGAGUAUCUUAAAGAAGAUCUUGUCAUUGUUAUCAUGAAAACUAUAUCAGAUGCAGACAAUAUAAAUAUAAAAACACAUGGAUUUGGUAGGGAUGGAAUUCCUGAAGCUGGUGACACUGUUCGGAUAGAUGUAGUCGGAGGCUUUGUUUUGCAAAGGAUUACAGAGGAAAGAAGCUUUUUCAGGGCUAUAGCUAAUAUGGAUAUUAAGUUAGAUUUCGUUCCACCAUGGCUGAUCAACUUCAUAUCAAGGCAACUAAUUGGCAGCGGUCAUAAACUGUAUCAGAAGGCCGUAAGUACUGUGGCCAGUUGUGAUGAGGACUACAAGAAAGCUUUGAGAGCACCACUCUAUGUUAGAAUCCGUGAGCACCAGGAUUCUACUGAGAUGGCGAAGGUGACUCCAGUGGAGGAAAGUGCAACUGAGGCCGUCCCUGACAAUCUCAUCUUGCAGAAUCCUCUCACAGUUCCUAGUACCUCCAGCAGUGAGAUAGUCGAAGAGGAGAGUGAACAGGAGGCAUCAUUAUUCAAGCUGGAUCAUCUUGCAGCAGGCCCUUCUAACCAUCCAACCGGGCAAGAGCAACAGGUUGAAAGUAAGCCUUACAUUAGUCCUGAGGUAGAGCAGGCUUUGAGCAUAUUAGACAAGGCUAUUGCAAUUAUCCGAGGUAGCAGUGCUGGUAGCACCAGUGCUGUCCAAAAGUUUCUCAGUUAUGAUGCAACUUUAGAUGGCAGUACCAUUGACCCAAGAAAUCCGAACAACCUUCCAAAUGGACGUCCUGCGCCACCCCGAGAUUCAAGAGAGACUCGGCAAGUUUAUUCCUUGUCCAAUGAGAAUGUUAAAGAUAGGGUGGAAGAUGCUCGUGACAGCGACUCGCACCAAUCCAUGGGAGAUUCUACCGUGACAAAGACGAUGUCCAUGACAAGGAGGAGCGCAACACGGGUGCACGGAGAGGAGAUCCUCGACACCAGUGGCUUACAUCAGAAUGGUUUCAACAAGGACAAGAAGUCCAAACGAACAGCAAAAAAGAAGACGAGCGGGUGGCUCUGCUGCUUUUCUCCUAGCACCACAGGAUGAUGAGUGUCCCAUUCAGUUCACAGAAUUAACCAUCGAGUUCUGAAUGCACGAAACGAGAUAGUGUAAGUUAUAGAAAUUUAUGCUCCGCUCGCACGAUACUUGGGGGAAUCGAAUGAGAACACGUGAGGGCAGCUUGUAAUGGUUACCAAGAGCAGAUCAUUUCCUCCAUAAAAUUGUAUAGUAGCUGUUGUAUUGUUGUAACAUGAAUACGCAACGACGUUUCUCCUUAAUGCAGAGACUGGAAUACUUUA